CUGACUCUCCCUCUCUCUCCUCAGCUACAGACAUGACUAAGUUGGCACAGUGGCUGCUGGGAUUGAUCCUCCUGGGCGGAGCCUGGGCAACGCUGACCUUUGACCUGCUGGGUCUGGAGCCGCCCCGGGCCUGCCGGGAGGUGGUCUGGCCCUUCCCCGUCUACCUGCUGGUGGCCUUCGGCUGUUACUCUCUGGCGACUAUCGGCUAUCGCGUGGCCACCUUCAACGACUGCGAGGACGCGGCCCGCGAGCUGCAGGAGCAAAUCGGCCAGGCCAAGAAGGAGCUGAGCCGGAGGGGGAUGAGCUUCUGAAAGGGCAU